AUGCGUUGCGGUGACAUCGCUGUGGCCGUGAUAGCCCUACUCGUACUCGGGCAGAUCCAGAGCCCGCGACAGUCCAGGGUGGUCGGAGCAGUGAUGCUCAGCGCAGUGGUGUGCGGCCGCAUCCCCGGGCUGACCAAGCAACAGCGAGAAAUGUGCCAGAAGGCGCCCCACGUGAUGGCGGUGAUCGGCGAGGGUGCCGAGCUCGGUUUGAAGGAGUGCCGCCACCAGUUCAGAAACCACCGCUGGAACUGCUCUCAACUCGUCGACAACCAAAUCUUCGGACACGUCUUUGUUGUCGGCAGCAGGGAGGCGGCGUUCAUGUACGCGAUAAGCUCGGCCGCCAUUACGUACGCGGUCACGGCGGCCUGUAGCCGGGGAAACAUAACGGCCUGCGGAUGCGAGCCGACGACCAGAACGCGGAAGGAGAUGCCGCCCAACGGUUGGGAAUGGGGAGGCUGCAGCGCCGACGUAUCCUACGGAAUGAGGAUCGCGCGUAGGUUCCUCGACUCGAGGGAAAUCGAGGGCGAUGCGCGCAGCCUCAUGAACCUCCACAACAACAAGGCCGGGAGAAAGAUAGUGAAAACAAUGCUGGACGUGGAGUGCAAGUGCCACGGGGUGAGCGGCUCGUGCACCGUGAGAACCUGUUGGCGAACCCUACCGAGUUUCCGCGAGAUCGGCGACGUCCUCAUGAGGAAGUACGACAGGGCCAGAUCGGUCGUACCGAUCUCGCCGCCCUCGGCACCCACGGUACACAGCACGGAGGUGGUGUUGCGCUCGUCCGAAGUGUCGCCGAUCCUUGGCAACGACGCCAAGACCCAAGGCAAGCCCAGCGACGGUUUGAGGUCCCCGACGGAGGAGGACCCGGGUAGUGUCGGCGAUGCGCCCUGGACGCUCUGGCGACCCGGUAGCGAGCCCAAGGUGCGCGUGGCUCCCGGACUGUUGCUGACCAGGCAGCACCAACCGAAGAAGCUCCACCUCGUGCUGAAGCGGGCGAGCAAAAUUAGCGGCGGCGCGGCGUCGAGCCUCCAGAAGCGCUUUCCCAAGCGCAGCGAGCUCGUUUACCUCCAACAGUCGCCCAACUACUGCGAGCCCGAUCUCGAGCAGGGCAGCUUCGGCACCCAGGGCAGGUACUGCAACCGGACCAGCAAAGAAACGCACGGCUGCGAUCUCAUGUGCUGCGGACGGGGCUACAACACGCACCAGUACACGCGGACCUGGCAGUGCGCGUGCAAGUUCAUCUGGUGCUGCAAAGUGCAGUGCGACACGUGCACCGAACGCAUCGAGGAGUACACGUGCAAGUAGUCGGGCAUAUGUACGGACUAUUAUCGGUACACAUCCCAUCGAACGAGAUGAUUGUACUUUUCCAGCUUACGUGUGAAUAUAGCGAAUGUGUCUAAGAAGUGUACGUAGAGAGAAUUAAUUUAUUCGCGAGGUUCGCGCUUCGCUGUGUAUACCGUUACUAAGUGUGUGUAUGGAUGCUUGGUGAAAAUUGCGGCAAGGCGUGUAAAUGAUAUUUUAAUUUGUACCUUUUUAACGUGUGAUGCGCUGCACGAUUUUAAACGUGUAGU